CGCAUUAAUACUUUUUGAUUGGCGCUCUUUUGCUUCGUGCUUCCUUCAUUCGCUCCGCUCUUUCAAUUUCACAGAAAAUGGCUACCGAAGAAUUGGUGACCGAGCAAUUUAAAUUUUUAGGAAUAGAAGUAUCAAAAGAAGUUUUAUCAAAAUGUGUGAGUAUAUGCACAGAAUACGAUGUAGACGCUGAAACUUUCAUCGAACAAUGGAUGGCGUUUAGUUUGACUACUUUAAACGGUGCUUCGCCGACUUUAGAUAACUUAGAAUUACUUGAGAAGAGGGAAUUUUCCAAACGGUCUGCGAGUCGACUCACCGCUGUCGCUAAUGAAGUUACACAUUCAAGUACCGGCAGAAGUUUGACUGUUUACGGAGCGCCUGUUGCUAAACAGUCAGAAAAUGAAGUUCUGUCUAAUUACAUGACAACUACACCAAAGAGAAUUAAAAUAGAAUGUGAGACAGGGCCGAAACAGAAUGAGCUCCAUCCUGCUACAUAUUCACCGAAAGUAGAGCACUCCGUUAAAUACACAUCGAGAACGAACCAAGGGACAGUGGUGCAUUCAUUCGGUGAAGAUAAGCUGGUGGAAGUGAUCACGAAUACAACGGCCUUGGAUAAUUUACUCGAACUAAAUAUUGUACAAGUCCCCAACGACGACGGCGAACUAUACAACAAAGCGAAGUACGGCUUUGAACUGCUGCAUGAAAAAGCGAGUGUAUUUGAUAACCACAUCCGAUAUAUAUCACAAUGUAUCAUGAAGAAGAACGGGUUUUCCGAGACGGUCUCGGUGAGGCAUAAAACACAGACCGAAGUUUUGGUAGCUGGUCGUAUUGAAUGCGACGCAGAUGCUAGACUAAACUCGAAAAGUGUAAUCUUACAAGGCACAUGGGAGGAUUCACUGAGCCAGACCGUCCCUCUAGAUUUGGACAGCGUGCAGCAGUAUUCUCUGUUCCCGGGCCAGGUGGUGGUGGUGCGUGGUAUAAAUCCACGCGGCAACAAGUUUGUGGCUCGGGAGUUGUUCUGCGACGCGGCCCGCCCUGUGCCGGAUCCAACAUCAGAUAUCACGAACACGCUAAAAGGUACAUUGUCAAUGGUUGUAGCGGCCGGCCCGUACACCACGUCUAAUAACAUGUCGUACGAGCCGUUGAAGGACUUCAUAGCGUAUUUGAACACUCACAAACCACACGUAGUCAUAAUGACGGGACCAUUCGUGGACUGUGAGCACGAGAAAGUCAAAGAUAACUCUAUGGCUGAAACAUAUAAAUCUUUCUUCGACAAACUUAUUGAUAGUCUAGCUGAUAUCGGCAACACGAGUCCUUUUACAAAAAUUUACAUAGUGUCAAGUCACAAGGACGCUUUUCAUGUAAAUAUCUACCCGACGCCGCCCUAUAGCAGUCGAAAGAAAUAUCCCAACAUACAAUUUCUACCAGAUCCCAGCACAUUAAACAUCAAUGGAUAUAUAGUUGGCAUCACCAGUUACGAUGUGCUUAUGAGCAUCAAUCAAGAAGAAAUAUCACAUGGUUCAGUGGGCGACAAGUUAUCUCGUCUGUCCGGGCACGUGUUGCGGCAACAGUGCUAUUAUCCAACGGCUGGCUCUCUCGGCUCGCUGGCGGUUGACGGGUCGCUGUGGGCGGCGCACGCACAACUACCCGCAACUCCUCACAUACUAGUAGUGCCCUCCAACUUCAGAUACUUUGUUAAGGAAGUGAACGGCUGUAUAGUCAUAAACCCUGAGCAUCUCAGUAAAGGUGCCGGCGGCGGGACGUUCGCACGACUCGUAGUUCGUCCGCCGUCAGAAAAUAAAACUAAUAGUAACAUAGCCGCACAGAUAGUACGCAUUUAAUGAACCGUAUUACAUAAAAGGCUAUUGUGUUUAUUAAAAAAUCCUAAUACAAAACAAAAUUUAUUUGAUCAUACACAAUAAAAUCAUCUUCUUUAAUUUA